AUGGAAGAGUUUCUUCGGAAACGCAUACGCCUACGACGGGAUAAGGAAGAACUUCAAUUGCUCCUCAGGCUCGCCGAUCAGCUGUGCCAACACAACUUAUUCUCAUCAGGAGACAUCCUUGCGAGCACCCUGAAGCAACUGAAUGCUAUUCUCAAAGACCCGGGUCGCAUCGUCUUCUCCACACUCGCCUCUGAUCCGCUGCAAGUCGACUUUGAGGACCUAACGGACUGCUUGGACGUGGCGCUUCUAUCUCUGGACGUCUAUGGAGCUAUCUCGAACGUCAGCGUCAUGCCUCGGAUGAAGCCUCGCGACACGGUCAUCUCGUCUGUUGUGCGUGCAUUGCGACCACAUGUCGUCGCGUGGGGAGCCGCAUUGCACCCUGCCCAUGGACGCUUCGCAAAGACUGGUUACGACCUCGCGCUUGUAGUACGAAAGAUCGCCAUGGCGUAUCAUCUGAUGCACAUAGCGAAUGCAGACGAUGCGAAGGAGUUCCUGCACGCGCACCCUACUUUCAUCUCACAGGCGUUCGACCUUUGGCUUCACUGCUCGCAGUACGUCCCACUGGCUCCUGAAUCUACGGAUACCGUCACCUCAAUAGUCUCGACCGUCAUACAAAUCUAUUCCCAACUCGUUCACUCGCUAAGCUCUCCCUCGGCUGAGGACCGCGCCCUCUUCAUCGACAUCCUUCGGCGCGCUUUGGGCGGCAAACGCACGCUGCGCACGGUCAUCAUCUACCAUACCAAGUUUUUCGCCAAACUACCGCACAGGCCUACUGUCAUGGGUAUCAGUAUCAACUACCAGAUCUGGAAGUAUUAUUUCACCCUCAUUACAAAUCUCGUUGGCCAGCCGGAAUUCCAGCAAACUAGCGUCCCGUCGAAGACCAUCUCCACCAUUGUAUCCGCUGCUCGGCGAUGUCUAGAGGCUCGGGAGACCACAGACGGCGCGUUUGACGCCAUACGCUUACUAGACAUACUCUGUCGCAAGGCCAAUAGCAACAAAGCACUCGCUCGUGCCUUCGGUGCUGGCCUCUUCGACCUUCUGCACGAUCUUCCGGCAUGUCCAGACGAUCAAGUGAGCGCAAUUUCCAGCUUCGUGGAUUAUGCGUGCGCCGGCCUGUACCAAGCCCGAGUCAUUCAUGCCUUCAUCCGCCAUCACCCUUCGAGAUUCAAUAUAUCGCGAAAGGCGCUACCAUCGGGCAAUCACCUGGCGACAUGGAAGAACAUAGCACGUGUUUCGAACGACGCCCGCGCUCUCUAUCGUAACUCGCGGAAGGAAAAGGAAUGGCAGCAGGCUAUGCGUUGCAGCAAUGACAAGAUGGUGGGUGAAGUCGCUACGUGUCGUCGGUGA